AUGAUGAACGCAGAGCUUCUGGAGAGGAAUUUCGGGGUCCAAUUCCCUGAAGAACUCGACGGAACGCUAGAUCUACAGAAUGGAGCUGCUAACUGUUGCAAAUUCAACCGUUGGGGUACGUUGGUGGCUGUCGGUAGUACUGAUGGGCGGAUUUUUAUCUUUGAUUUCGUCACCAAGGGGAUUGUUAAGACAUGGACUGCUCAUGCACUUCCUGUAUCGUCCUUGUCAUGGUCUCGGAAUGGUCGAAGAUUACUGACCGCCUCAGCUGACACUACAGUUGCAGUUUGGAACGUCAUCGAAGGAGCAUGUUUACAUCGGCUGAAGUACUCCGCCAUGGUCACAUCUGCCGUGUUUAAUCCAAGAAACGACAAUCAAGUGCUUGUCCUUCAGUUGAACUAUCCACCAUGUCUAGAUGAACUGGAACCAAGAUCCCAACGAGUUAUUACCAACGAUAUUCCUGGUGCUGUUGAAGACGGUGUCUCAGCCAUAGCUUUCGAUAGAAGAGCAAAAUAUCUAAUCACCGGAACAAACAAAGGAAAGCUUGUUGUUUACGAUGCGAAAACGUUGAAGAUGGUUUCAUGGGGAAGACAAAACAGCGUUCAGCAGAUCAAACAGAUAGUGGUACCACGGCGAGGGAACUUCAUCAUUACAAACUCACAAGAUCGAAUUAUUCGAACAUUCGAUUUGGAUGACAUUUUGGAUUGUCACAACGGUUCAACCAUUGAGCCAAAGCAUCGAGUCACAGAUAUUGUUAACAAGGCUUCGUGGAAGGCCGUGUGCACUGAUAGCGAAGGUUACUACAUCUGUGGUGCAAGUACGAAAGCUCAUUCGUUGUAUGUUUGGGAGCGGACGACUGGAACAUUGAUCAAGAUUCUCCACGGCACGAAGGGAGAAUGCUUAAUGGACGUCCAGUGGCACCCGAUUCGACCCGUGAUCCUAUCGGUUGCUAACGGAAUUGUAUCAGUAUGGACACAGGCCCAUGUUGAGAAUUGGUCUGCAUUUGCACCUGAGUUCACAGAGUUGGAAGAGAAUGCGAAAUACGAAGAGAAGGAAGGUGAAUUCGACUUGGAAGAUGAGGAUGCAGAAGUAGAUGACAAAGCAAAUUCUCAGGAUUCUGACGAAGAGAUAAUUGAUGUCGAGUCUUUGAAGCCAAAUGAGAUCUUGUGUAGUUCCGAUGAGGAGGAUAAUAUCAACGCAUUAUUGCCAGACGUUACAUUAAAAACGGGUCCUCUAUGGUUUUUGCCUAUCACUCCUGAAUGUGAUUCUUCAGAGUCUUUGCCGUUAUCAGGAGCACAUUUCGCUGAUGGACGUCGCGCAUCCAGUCAAAUCUUAAGUGUGCUAGAAGAAGAAAGCCGCAAAAGAGCACUGCCUGAUUCAGCUGCUAAGGCGCCAAUGAAAGGUCGAAAAAUUAAAUGA